GUUUGCAUCUCUCUCACGUCUCCUGAGAUUCAACCUGAUGUUCACUGACAGUCGAGCUCUUGUUGUGUUUUCCCUCUCUCUCCACAAAUCUGUUGACAAACAACGACGAUUCCGUGCUCUUACAAAACAACCAGAACGAUUUCUCAAUCCGUUUGCCAACGUGCCGCUGCACCGCCUCCCCCGCAAUCUCUCGCUCUUGGGCCUCGUGUUUCUGCUAUUUUUUGUGUGGCCUCGUGUCUCUUCACCCGCCCAAGUCAGCCCAAGCUCCUCAUGCAAGCACUUUAGGCGCGCCUUGCAGGGCCAUGAGGGAAAAACCGCUGGUGCAACAUUCGGCGGAGCUUACAGUACGAGAUGCGGCCUCUAUCAGGGCUCACGGCGGGCUUCAACACUGUGCCGCAUGCGGACACGGACGUUGGGCACCUCUUUUUUUGCGAAUCUCUGUCUCGCCUUGUCCCUCGUCGAAGCCCUUUUGCUCUCCCUCGCCAAGCCCUCUAGACCUGCCUGGAUCAACCCAAUGCGAUUGCUAUCUGCCGAGAGUCAAGUCGUCAUCUGCAAAGCAUUGCGGGGGACUGUCUUGGAUCUAGUCUCACGGGAACGCCCUGACAACAGGCGCCAUGCGAGAAAGAGAAAAAGAGGAGGCAGAAAGAUAAUUUGACCAAGCUGCUAGUUUUGGUCCAUUGAGGGAGUCUUUGUCUCUCUCGCCUCUUUUUUUUUUUCCUCUUCAGCAGCUGUUUCUGCCCCAUCGAUCCCCAUGCGUCUUGUCUCGGUCACACACACCUGCACACUUGCUCACAUAUUCUCUUUUCGCCCUCUCUCUCCGACUCUCUCUCCGACUCUCUCUCCACUCACACUAGCUACAUGCAAGUAGCACCAAGUUUAACAGCUUCAAGCCCAUCUUUAGUGG